AUGUUUAUAAAAUCUAGAGCAUUGACUGACAAACACAAGAUCUUGAACAAGACACUGACGCGUGCAUCAUUGAAUGCACUCAAUCAGCAGCAGAAGGGCUUCAAUUAUAGUUUUGCCAAAAUCCCCCGUCCUCAUCAGAACGUACACUACCCGAAAACGUCAAUAUUUGCAGCUGCCACAAUUAAGGUGUCGCUACCGCGCUCAUUCAGCACAUACCAUGGAGUUAGAAAUGCCAACCUUAUAGCUGGCACCAGAGAACUGCUCAAAAAACGUCAAUUUUCAACUAAAGCUAGAUUUUCAUCACGAUUAAAACGCGUCAAGUUCCGCUCGUGGUUCACAUUGACUUCAGUUUCUCUCAUUUUUUUUGGUGUUGUAUCCAGAAACUUCAUUGAGGAUGACGACACUCGAGAAGCAAAAGAGUCACAAGUAAAGAGAUCUCACAACAUAGGAUCGUGGCCCCUUUAUAUAUAUUCAAGACUUCCCUUGAAUUCGCUUUCCAGGCUUUGGGGACAACUGAAUAGCAUUGACCUUCCUGUAUGGUUGAGGGGCCCCAGUUUCAAGUUUUAUUCGGUACUAUUUGGCGUUAAUCUGGAAGAAAUGGCAGAUCCUGAUCUUACACACUAUAAAAAUCUAGCCGAGUUUUUCUGUCGCCCGAUCAAACCAGAAAAAAGACCUGUCGACACCUCUGCAACGCUUUGUUCUCCAUGUGAUGGCAAGGUUUUAAAGUUUGGUGUCGUCGAAGAAGAUGGUGGGAUAGAGCAGGUGAAAGGAAUAACGUACAAAGUUGAUGCUUUGCUGGGCACGCACGAUGCACCAAAAGUCGAAGCUCCUCCUCAACAAUUCGAUCUAGAAAGGACAGAAAAAGAGGCCCACUUUAUUGACUUACAUGGGGAUAUCAAGACUCUGACAUAUAAAAAGGAGGGCGAUCAGUCUUUCGUUCAUCCGUCGACUUCGCGUAUUUUGUCUGUUUCAAGAACUCUUGUCGGCGCUGAAGGGCACAAAGAAUCCAAUAAGUUGUUUUACGCAGUUAUAUACUUAGCACCUGGUGACUACCAUAGAUUUCACUCGCCCGUUGAAUGGGUGGCAACAUUGAGGAGACAUUUCGUUGGUCAAUUAUAUUCAGUUGCACCAUACUUUCAGCGGACUUUACAAAACCUAUUUAUAUUAAACGAAAGAGUUGCAAUUCUUGGUUACUGGAAAUAUGGGUUUUUCAGUAUGACUCCUGUCGGGGCGACAAAUGUUGGCUCCAUAAAAUUGAAUUUUGACACCCAUCUUGCAACGAAUGAAGUUUACGAACAUGAAAUAUAUUCUAAAGACAAAUUAAAUGAAGCAUUGACCGAGAAGUACAAGGUCCAGGAGCGCAAGAAGUUGAAGAGGGACACUUGUUAUGAAGCAACUUAUGCGAAUGCGUCCAAGGUACUUCAUGGAAUUCCGUUAUUUAGAGGAGAGGAAAUGGGGGGCUUUAAACUUGGAUCUACGAUCGUAUUGGUCUUUGAAGCACCUCCGAAUUUCCAGUUUGAUCUCCAGGAAAAUCAGCAGGUCCUGAUGGGACAAGGCAUUGGUAGAAUAGAAAAAUAA